AUGCACUACAUAACUAUGGAGACACAGUCCAAAUCAAACGAUUUUCAGAACGGCGAAAAAAUAAAGUGGUGGAGAUGUGAUGUUGCGAUUGCAUGGAACGGCUACGAAGAAAUCAUACGUGGGAGCGGCCUGAACCUUCGACCGCUUACCGGUGUGGCGAAUAACCAAGGGAUAUUUGGUGGCAAUUUGAUGCCCGCGACAAUCGUCGACGCUGCUGACACGCUUUGGAUUAUGGACCUCAAGGAUGAGUAUAAAGAGGCUCGCGACUUCAUCAGGGAUAAGUUCAGCAUGAAGCUGGCCACGGGAUCACCGUCAGUCUUCGAAACAACAAUCCGAUUCCUCGGUGGCUUGCUAUCACUUUACGCACUCACCGGAGAAAAAUUUUAUAUUGACAAAGCGCGAGAAGUUGGCGAAGCUCUGCUACCAGCAUUUAACACGCCUUCGGGAAUUCCAAAAAGUAUUCUCAACAUCAAAACCAAGCAUGCCUCGAACUACGGAUGGGCUGAUGGAGGAGCGUCGAUCCUUGCCGAAGUCGGCACCCUUCAUCUCGAGUUUCAAUAUCUUAGCUAUUUGACCAAGGCGCCAAUAUUCCUGAAAAAGGUUAAAAAGGUUCGAGACGUACUGGAUCGCCAGGAAAAACCCAAUGGACUUUACCCCAACUACAUCAACCCUGACACUGGGAAAUUUACCGUGAAUCACCAUGUAUCUCUCGGUGCUUUGGGUGAUUCAUUCUACGAGUAUCUCAUCAAAUCGUGGCUUCAGUCCGGCAAAACCGACAUGCAGGCUAAAAGAAUGUACUGGGAAGUCAGUGAAGCGAUUCAAAAGAAAUACUUUUCUGAGAAAGCCAUGCAAAUAUUUUGUGGUUUUAGCAUGAUUUUCAAGUCGAAAGGCGGUCUCACUUACGUUGCCGAGCUUAGAAAUGGUAUGCCUGACCAUAAAAUGGGCCAUCUUGCGUGCUUCGUAGUGGGCAUGUUUGCCCUACAAGCGGUUAACGAAGAGACAAAGGAGAAACAAGAUGCUACAAUGAAAAUACUAGCCGAAGGAAAUUGGACGUUACUUGCAUCGAAGAGUUACCAUUCAGAACGACUCACACAUCGCCCGGAAGCUUCUAUUCACGCGGAAACGAGGAAGCGACGAUGCAGUAAGAUACAAGUGCGUUGGGAUCUUGUCGAAGUCGAACUACUACCAGAAGGCGCCAUCCCAGUUGGCCCAAAUGACCCUGGUCGGCUAUUGACGGCUACUGUUAAUUCUUGUCUGAAUCCGCUACUGCCAAAGGCUGAUGUUCUCGAGUUAUUGAUGGACCUAGGUUAUUGA